AUGGAUGUGCCUAAGAAAGCUAGUUUUCAGUUAAGUGAAGAAGAAUGGAAUAGGAUUAAGCCGGUUCCUUCACAACCAAUGCAAUUGCAAAAUUCUUGGUCAGAUGUAUUGGCUUCUCAUAUUUCGAGGUCCAAUGCUUUUUGUACGUUUGAUUUUCAAAGGCAUUUCGUACAAAAAGUAAAUUCCAGGAAGAGAUGAUUUCCUUACGUAUUUACUGCUUCUGGAUUUUGCAUAUUUAAUGGAUUGUUCUUGUACAUUCGAGUUGAACAUGAAGAAAGAAGAUUUCGAGACAAAAUUGAUAAAUAUCGUAUAUAAAUGGGUCAGUAAAGCAUGCAGCAGGUGAACGACAAGCUCGGUUUGUUAAAGGAGACCAAAGGAAAGCAAUGAUUGAAAAAUUUCAUAAGGGCAACGAUAAACCAUCAAUGGUAUAUCAAGAAAAAAAAGCAGGCUUGCCAAAGGACGCCCUGGCGUCAGGAAAUAGAACUGGUUGCGGUACCCAUCCAACAACUGACAGAAAAAUUGCAAGUGAAGGUCGCCAACUGUCGCAAAUGGACAAGGACUUGUUCACAUCGCUUCAUAAAGUAAGGACACAUCUGGUAGAAAAGGAAUUAUCACGCGAAUUUCCGCCAUUCCAUUAAUUGUUCACAUGUGGACAGAAGAUCAAGUUCGAUUAUGGCAUGAGAGAUGUGGAGAUGUGUCAUACUUAGAUGCAACUGGAACGAUAAUUGCCAAUGGUAAUGGUAAACGAGUACUGUACUACGCAUUAGUUGUCCGACGCCCAUGUUAAGGGAAUCCCUCAGUUCCAGUAGCAGAAAUGGUCACAACUGACCAAAGAGCUUGCAAUAUACGUACAUUUCUUGAUCGUUUCCGACAAGAUGAAUCUAAGACCUUCAGUGGGCGGAUUAUAUCACCUCGACAAUUGAACACUGAUUAUUCCAGAGCUAUUUUACUGGCUGUUUUGAGAGAAUUCAAUAACAAAAAUUUUAGUGAUUUUCUAAAACGAGCAUUUCGCAUACUGAACAAAAAUGGGUUAGAAAAAGAUUUUGAUGCAGUCAUUUUAUGCACAUAAUACACCAAAAGGUACAGGCAAUUUCACGUGAACAGUGCAAUACCAAAAAAGAUGAAGAACAUUCUGAUGAAGAAGAAGAACAUGAUGUUUGGUAUCGUUUUAGUAUGUACUCUGUCUCACUAUUAGUGAACGCAAGAACAUUGCAUAAAUUUCGCACCAUUCUUGAAGAUAUCGCUAUAUGCCUCCUGAGUAAAAGACAAACGAAAAUGUUGUUAGUUUCAUAUCGUAGAGUUAAAGGCAGAAUUAAAAAUAUGAACGUGGAGAGAGAAAUAAAAUUAUCAAAUUUCGAAACUAAACCGAAUGAAUUAGACGAAGGAAAGGAGGACUUGCUACAAGUCAAGAGCAAUGCCAACCCGUUUAACACCUUUUUUAAAAAUAAGUUAUCCGUUGUAGUGCUUAAUGUGGAAAAAGAUAGCAUUCAAAACAUAAACAAAAAAUUAAAAGAUAACAGAAGUUAUUGCCCUAAAUUCAUGGAGUUCCUGAAGUCUUAUUUACCAGAAAUGGCCUUGUGGUCAGGAGUUUUGCUAGGGUCGUUAGAACGUUAUAAAGAGAAUCGUGUGCCAAAAACUCAAAAUCCCGUAACAAAACAUCCCUUUUUGUCCUGCACAUCAGCAAACUCAAAAACAGAAGGAUAUGUGGAGGGAGUAACGAGAAAUUUAAAGCAAGAAGAUUUUCCUGGACCAAAAUAUCUUCGGGCAGAUGUUUUUGUUUCAGAAAAUUAUGAGCGGAUAAGAAGAAUAAUUAUUGAUUAUUCUGACAGGUUGGAUAGUUGCAAGCAGGCAAAACCGAAAAGAUUGUACAAAAGGAAGAAAAAAGAUGCUGAUGACCCACUUCCAGUUUCAACUGAAGAAUACAGCGAAGAUUUACAGAAACAUGAUUAUCAUAAUGCUGAAGAAACAUGGGGAAAGAGAGACCCUGAAACUCCCAAAACAAAUCCAAGGUUGGGACAGUAUCAGCAGUCUCCCAAAAUACCGCUAAGUCAAGAUCCUGAUUUAAAAAAGAAAUCUAGCAAGAAAAAGCGACGUAGAGGAUAUCAGGACAAGGUAACGUUACGGACACAGAUUGUGUGAAGAGCAAUAAAAAAGCGCGAAAGAUAACAACUCCAAUUUCCAGCAAAAUAGCAAGCGGUAAGAAAAAGAAAUGUUUGAUGACAAAUGCUAACAAAUGUCAAAAGAAUAAUAAGAAUCCUAAUAAGAAUGGUAAACAAAGAUUGAGUAAUGCAGAACACCAGGCGAACAGGAAGUGAUUAACUGAGUGGCUCUGCAAUCAAGACUCAAAUGAUUUAGCAGAUAAAACAAACAAACUACGCCAAGAACGUGCUACUAAGCGUAAAUUCUUCUGAAACGGACUCAAAAGAUAAGAAGUUUAUGAAGUUUGAAAACAACCUGCAUACAUCAGAAAGCAACGACUUUGUAGGAUUGCAAAAUAGAAAGAACAAUUGUUGGUUAAAUAGCCUAGUGCAGUGUAUGAAUAAUCUACCAAUAAAAAAUUGUCUUUUGGAUAAUGUAAAAGAAUCUAGUGAGUCGCCUCUAACUACCGCAUUAACGAGUGCCCUUAGUAAGAUAGACAGUCUUGGUAAUCAUGGUUCGUUCUACCCCAAAGAGCUUCACAAUGCUUUCCAAUGUGAACUACAAUAUGCUCCCGGAGAACAAUGUGAUAUUCAUGAAAGUUUUACUUCCUUGUGUUGUUCACGAAGUGGUAUGAACGAAGAAAUUGGUAGUCACUUUCAG